GGCGGGGCGUUUCCUGACACAACACGGAAGCGAAUAUGAUGGCAAGUUUCUGAGCAUUGGAAAAGCCUUACGGGCUCCAUAACGGCAAUGUCAGUGCGGCAAACAUGUUAAUAACGCUCUGUUAUAUCUACCUCUGGGUGCGCUUUCAGAAAUGCUACACGGGAGUCAUUCGCAGUGUUUUGUUUAGGCUGCGCACAAACCGGAGCAGCUUAGCCUUCUGCGCGCAGAGUUUCAGCAGCCUGCAGAGUCCCACCUCACCCGAGGACACGGUCUUCCUUCAGCUGGGCAACAAGGUUAUUUACAUCACCGAGCCUCAGGCGUGUGAUGACCUGAGCAAGUGGACUUUGUUGCUCGGCUCUUCGUCGGUUACUGCUCCAAAACUAGAGAACGUCGCCUUUAUUAUAGAAGCUACACCAAAACAGACAGCUGCACACUCUCGUCCGUCAUCGAACAAGAAAGCGCUGAAGUGGUCAGACUAUUGCCUUCCUCUGGCCUGCAGCCCAGGACAGCCAUACAGGGCAGUGGCUGAAGCGAGCCUGGACAACUUCAGCACGCUUGGAGUGGCUUUCCUGGAAGACCGACUGCAAAUGGAAAAUGGCCUCAUUCCUGCAAAAAUAGUUUCGGUGUUGCUCAGGGAAUCUGCGCUGAAAGAACUCCUUGAGAAUCGGCAGUCAGGCCCGGAGAAAAAGCCUGACCCGUUUCUAAGUGACAUUCCAAAGGAUACCGUUGUGACCUCGGCUUCUCCGUGUGAGCAGUGGCCCGAAGAUAUCCCGCAAGACCUCGGGAAGAGCUCAUGUGGAGCAUUGUGUGACCAGCAAGUGGAACCAGAGCACAAAACUGACCACCAUCACAUGGAUGGCCACCACCUGCACCUCUCCAGCUGCCAUGAGUGCCUGGAGCUGGAGAACAGUACCAUCCAGUCAGUAAAAUAUGCCUCCGUCGAGAACAUCCCAGACCUGCCUGAUGAUUCCACAGACACUGAUGUGGAGGAGGAAGCUGAUGAGAGUCUCUCGGCCUGGAGGGGGUUUGACAAUACAAACAGCAAACCGCCCAAUGUGCUUGUGUACACAGGCGGCUGUGAGGAGCGCUACAGACACGUGCACUCGCUUCUGGCUGAAUGCAUCGACGCUGACCGCUACGCUAUCUACCCCCUCCGGCCGGAGCAGGCACUCGAAGAGCCGUGGCUAGAAAACACGCUGCUCUUGGUGCUGGUCACAGAAGAAGAGCUCACACCUGGGAUGCAGCUACGUUUUCUGACAUACCUAGGCCAGGGUGGUAAAGUCCUGGGUCUGUCCUGUUUGUUGUGCCCAGCUGGGCUCAGGCUACGUUCCCGCGAGGAGCAACGAGGCCAAAUCUGCAGGCUGAACUUCACAAAAUCUGAUAGCACAGAAGUACAGCUAAGUGUGUUAGCCAGUGGGAAUGUUUACAUACGUGACCCGCAUGAUGCUAGCAGCGGAGAGGUGGAGUUGUGGGGCGAGCUGAGUGCCAAGGACGAAGAGGUGAAAGACAUGGUUAUCGUCAGAGUCACUCACGGCGAGGAUGGUGGAGAAGCUGUACUGUGCCAGGUGCAUUUGGAGUCAGCUCCAGAUUCUGAACAGGUGCAGGACAGAGCAGGGUUCUCAGAGCUGAAGAUGAGUAAUACGAAACGCUAUGAGGUCCUUACAGAAAUCCUCACCUCUCUAGGUCUUAGCUGUGAACUGAACCAGAUGCCUCAACCAAGCCCCAUUUACCUGUUUUCCACCCAGUCGAAGCUGAAGAAUGCGUUUGUGCGCUGGCUGAGAGAGCACGUGGAUGGCAAGGGCACUGUUCGCUCUCAGAAGACCAGCCUGAGGGUGAUAUGGGGCCAAAGUGAGCUGAGCGAGUUAGGUGACGGGGAGCUAGCACUGCACACCGAGGUCCCAGAAUUCCUCUCUGAGCAUUUCAGCAUGGAGACAUACAGGCAGAACCUGCAGAGCCAGCGGCUGGGACACACACUGCUCUACGCUGAUGUCACUCCUACCACCAUGGACCUGCUAGAGGGAUUGAUGUUGCAGUUACCAGAGGAUAUGGGGUUAAUUGCUGUGGCAGCACGUCAGACUAAGGGCAAAGGGCGAGGGGGGAACAAGUGGUUGAGCCCACUGGGUUGCGGCAUGUUCACACUGCACUUGCAAGUAGCGGUGAGCUCCCGACUUGGCCAGAGAAUCUCCUUCCUGCAGCACCUGGCUGCUCUUGCUGUAGUGGAGGCUGUGCGCACACUGCCUGGAUAUGAGGACAUUGACCUGAGGGUGAAGUGGCCCAAUGAUAUUUACUAUGGUAACCUGAUGAAGCUCGGGGGAGUACUGGUCACAUCAUCUGUGAUGGGAUCGACCUUUCACCUCCUCAUCGGUUGUGGGUUUAAUGUGAGCAACAGUAAUCCUACCAUCUGCAUUAAUGACAUGGUGGUUCAGCAUAAUCGUGAGCGAGGGACCAAGCUGAGUCCUCUAAGCCCAGCACAGCUCAUCGGCCGCUCUGUCACCCUGCUAGAGCAGCUCAUUUCUGAGUUUCAGCUGCAAGGUCCUGAGGCAGUGCUGCCCAUUUACUACAAAAGAUGGGUUCAUGGUGGUACAAAGGUGCGGUUGUGGAGUGAGGAUGGUCCUGAGGUUGAGGUGGUGGGACUGGAUGAUCAUGGCUUCCUGCAGGUGAGCUCUCAAGACCAGGGUCUGGUGUCUGUUCAGCCUGAUGGAAACUCCUUCGACAUGCUGAGAAACUUGGUCAUCACCAAGCACAACUAGACUCUAUAUACGCACAAUGUAAGCGCUUAUUGCUGCAAGAAAGAACUCUUCACAGCAAUGUCAGAUUUCACUCAUAACCGUUCUUCUUGUUUUGCUGUGUAAUCUACUAAAAACUUGAAUUUAAUUGAAUUAGAUGUGUAAGGAGUCCUCGGAUUAGGAUUAGGGUGGGGUUUAAUAUAAAGCAACAGUUCAACAGAAAUAAUCAUUUCUAGCCAAAUCUUUAAUUUAAGUUGCAUUUAAGAAAACAUUAGUAUGAUUCACGUAGGUAAAAACAUGUCUGGAUAAGUUUUAUUGUUUGUUUGGGGCUUCUGACUGUGCUGAUUUGAGAGUCUUCUGUUUAUUAUAAAAAGGUUCAGCUUUCUAAAGAAACAUUUUGCAAGUCUUUUAUUCCCAGCACGCUAUAACAAUUAUGGUGAUCAGAUUGUACAUGUUUGCUCUGAAAAAUUCCAUAACAGCAAAAAUAAAAAAAAUCUGAAACUCUUAGUAAACACAGCAGUGCACACUUGUACAACAUGAAUAUAAAUGUCAUAUCUGUCCCUUUUCAAAACUUUUUAGCAGUAUAUGUGGUUACAGUAAUAUGAGUUGAAUUGGUUAAAGUGGUUUAUUUUGAAGCCAUUACAUGUAAAAUUGCAGCACUUAUGAGAAUAUUUAGUUACUUGUGACGAUAUAUCAAAGAAAACAAGAGUACAUAAUAUUUUGUGAUCCAGAGUUUGUAUACAGAUGUGAAUUUCCAUUCGAUAAGUCUCUGAGAAGUCAUUCCUGUGUUUUGUAAUAUUACUCAUCCCAAAUAAAAAGAUUUUAUUGACUGAA